ACUAUUUAAUUUUAAAAUUAUUAUUAUUAUUGUAUGAGAUCUUUAUGUAACAAUUCAUACCCAUUCUCUCUCAAAGAAAUUGUGGGCGUCUAAUUUGCAUGUCAAUGAUUUCAGCGAUGUACUAAAAAGUAGAAUAUUAUUUAUCAUAUCACCACCAUAACAAUAUAAAAUUUACUUAGGCAAGGGGAAUUCGCUAGCAUUUAUUAUGCUUUCAAUUGUGCUGAUUUUUUAUUUCAACACAAUAACACCACUAUUUUAAAUUCAAUUUUUGCUAAGUUUGUUUUGAUAAGAACUUUGGCGAAACUGCUUUUUAAGCUGCUCAGAGUCAGCAACGCAAGUCAUGCUUGGUUUAGUAUCGCCGAAAGCCUCACAGAAGUUUCAUCUGAGCCGGUUUUUUUAUUUAUAUAUUUUAAAUAAUUUUAUUAAAAUAAGUGUAAAAGAAAACAUGCACAAAUUUUUGCUACUAAUUUGCAUUGUUAUGGGUCUCAGCGAGAAUGUGCUCGUCGAACCGGCAACAGUACUGGAUAGUCAUAAUGCCAUUUGGGGUGCACGUAGCUCCCGUGACGUACUAAUUAAGCGCGAGAUAGUGAAAGAGACAUUCAAACCGUUGCGCAUUGUAUCGAGUGAUUAUGAAUUUCGACAAAAGACUGAUCGUAAUCCUUAUCCACGCACCAUUACACAAAUUGUUGUUACCGAUUUAUAUACCGAUGGCGAUGGUGGUUAUGCUACACUGAAAAGCGGUGGACCAGGCAUGGAUUUCGCUGUUAUUCAUCUCAAGAGUCAACGUGGUCAUGGCUACCAUUUUACAAUUGAUUUUUAUGGACAGUGAAAAUAAAUUGUUUAUGAAAAAAACUGUGUAUUAUAUUUAUUUAUUUUUUUAAAAAAUC